GACCAUGAUGUUUCUGGAUCUUGUGACGUUUCAUGCACCACAUCAUAACAAAGAUCGGAAGGUCCAACGAUGAUCUUCCUCCUAUCACUAUUUGGUCUGUGUUAUCUUCUAACAUGCCACUAGUACUCUAGAGUAGAGUGGAGGCGCCCGUCAUUGUAUCGAGGUCUGAAAAGGCUUAUCUUAAAACACCUGCGAGCCAGCCUUCCCCGGGCAAUAAUAGCCUGUCAAUGGGGUCAUGUGGUUUGUUACAUGUUCUUCGUAUAUAUAGCGCCGCAUUGCAGUUCUCACCCUGAACGACUCCCUGUCGAUACCAUCUGGACUUCAAGCGAUAACCUGCAUCUAUGACUAGAAAAAUUUUCGUUGGAUUCGGCGUAGAUGUUGAUGCUGUGGCUGGCCGGCUUGGGUCCUAUGGAGGAGAAGAUUCGCCAUUGGACAUCUCUCGGGGAAUGUACGCGGGAGAAGUCGGAGUGCCUCGCCUUCUAAAGCUGUUUGAUAAGUAUAAGAUCAAAACAACCUGGUUCAUUCCUGGUCAUAGCUUGGAGACAUUUCCGAAACAGAUGGAGGCAGUUCGAGAUGCCGGUCAUGAAAUAGGUCUUCAUGGAUACUCCCACGAGAAUCCUGUUACUAUGACUCUGGAACAACAGCGAGACAUUUUGGACCACACCUUCAACCUUCUUACGGAUUUCAAUCAUGGUGUUCCUCCGAAGGGCAGCGUCGCCCCUUGGUGGGAAACUAGUAAGGAGGGGACGGCGCUGUUACUGGAAAAGGGCAUUGAAUAUGACCACUCCAAUAUGUGCCACGAUUCGCAAAUGUAUUAUCUUCGUGACGAAGAUACAUGGACAAAUAUUGAUUAUCAGGCGAAAGCUCACACGUGGAUGAAGCCGCUGCAAAGGGGCAAAGAAACUGGAGUCGUUGAGAUUCCAGCUAACUGGUACCUUGACGAUCUUCCCCCCAUGAUGUUCAUCAAAUCAAGCUCAAACUCUCAUGGCUGGGUCAGCGCCCAAGCUGUCGAGCAGCUUUGGAAAGAUACAUUCACUUACCUGUAUAGAGAAGAGAAGGAUUUUGUAUUUCCCAUUAGCAUCCACCCGGACGUUAGCGGUCGUCCACACGUACUUCUGAUGCUGGAGAGUUUUAUUGAAUGGAUCAAUACUCACGAUGACGUCCAGUGGCUAACCUUCUAUGACAUGGCUCAAGAUUUCAGAGCUACACAUGACCCAGCACCAGGUGCCAUCAUGCCCAAAGGCUUCGAGAAGGCCUAAGCUUGUCUUUACAAUGCAGUGCGUUUUAUACAACAUAUUUGUGUUGAGACUUCUUCAGGCGCUGUUGAAUGUUUACCUAGUCAUUUGUAUAUCAGUAUGUCCUAUCAACUUGUGACUUAUACGUUUCGAAAGCCAUGGCAGAA